AUGCAGAAGGCUCCUCUAGCACCGCACUCGACUCCAGUCUCCACGAGGAGAUAUCUCAGCCUCCGUCAUGCGAAACAUGUAAUCAAGGCACAGGAGUCACACGGAGUCGCAUACGUGUUGCCAUCCGGCCAAGAACAGCUGUUCUCAAGUGAAAUUCCAGGACUGCAGGGUGGCGACUAUGUCAUAAGUGCAACCCAGGUUGUCCACCAUAAAGAAGACGAUAGAGUUUUGGACCAGAAUCCCAAGCCUUCGGAGCAGCAGUUUCAUGUACAAGCACCGAGAUUCUCUUUGCCAGAAGAUGCUAUCUAUUCCAAGUAUCCGCCACCAGGCCAAGAGGCCAACCAUGAUGUUCUUCCCCAUAUCGUGUUCAAUCACGCGACAAUGCCUUGGGAAAACCAAGGGAGCCUCGUCUUCCAAGGCGAUGACAGGAACCGAAACCGGGUCCCAUGGCUCGCAUUGCUCACUUUCACGGCCGAUGAAUUGUCCAACACCCCCGACCAGGUGAAAUCAUUCUUCUCCGAUUCAGCGGCAGGAAAGAGUAAUUACCGCCAAAACGACACCUUGUCGGUCACUGUCAGCCUGAAGGACAUUGUUCAACUUAAUGCGGAUCUUGCAUCUGGCCCACGAUACGGAGAUACGGAUUUCCAAGAUGCCACAUCCGAGAAAGCGAGCCUCAUAUUUGUGCAAGCGAAGCUGUUCAAUGACUUGUUCAGUGCCUACAAGGAUGAUGGAGAACGCGAUACAACGCCAAAACCCGAUAUGUCACGACAUAGGUUUUUGUCCCAUCUUCGGAGCAUCAACACCCAAGGCAUGGCGGUCGCUGGGGAGACGGAAGAUACACCCAAGCGGGACUUUGGUGUCAUCGUCUCCAACCGAUGUGCGCCCUCGUACUUUGAGCAGCCGACAGCUAUUUAUGUCCAUCUGGUGUCACUUGAGAGGUUGGAAGACAUUCAGCCGUGGCCUGUUCCAACCAAUAAUGCUUCAGGAACCGAAAGACGUGUCGCCCUAUUGGCACUCGAUAGCUGGGUUUAUACAUGCUUGCCACCAACCGGGAUUGACGUGAAGACUCGGCUCGAAAAUCUAGGAAAGAACGUAUUUUGGAUGCAGCCGAACCUGAAGACCGCGCCGGAGAUGCCUGACACGCCAGUCAAGAAAAGAGCGUUGCAGCGGAUUGCAGAUGGCUUUUCCAUGGUCCGGUACCGAAGCCAAACCGGAGAAGAAACAGUCGCUUUCACAAGAGGGCCGCUGAUUCCCGUCAUUGUGGAUAAACGCGAAGGCCUUCAAUCCAACUCUGGAGAAAAUCUUCGGAUCAUGGACAAAGAAGUAGGCAUCAUGGACAUCUCCUACUCUGUCGCUUGGCAACUUGGGCGGACCAUGGCAUUGGCCGACCGAGCCUUUACCACAGCUCUUACCCGUGUCCGACGACAAAUCACGUCGAUUGCUCAGAACGAGGCUCGUGUCAAGCUUCUCCGCGCUGCUGGAAGACCACAUCUGUCAAGGCUUGAUUUAGUAGGCGCCCUUCCUGAUGCAAUGGGUCUGCUCCAGAAACUUUCCCACUGUGAGGCUUCUGUCAUCGGAGACCAGCAGUGGAAGCAACCCGAGACCGACCCGGUUGAUCUCUCCUAUCGGAGCCCGGGAAUGUCUUACUUCCUUGAAGAUGAGCUCGGACGAGCAGCGAGCCUCGUUGCGAGCACCACUGAUGUACGCAUGGGCCGCAACGCAGAUGAUCCACCUCCCCCCUACAACGAACUGAACACGCCAUUCUCGGUGGAUUGGAUGGUGGUCCUUAAGUUCGUCCUCGACCUGUACCAUCUUGUCAAUGUUCCGGCCCAUUACUUGAUCACGGAUUCGUCGCACGUGCCUGAAGAGUCGAUCCGGUUCUUCAUCAUCGACCAAAACUGGAUCAAUGCUCUGGUUGACGGCGCCCUCAGUCUGGGAAAUCAUGUCGACCCCCAGGCCGAUAUCACUCGAGCCAAGAUCAAGGACCAAAUCAAGGAGUACCUCAAGGACAAGGACCCCAGGCUGAAUUAUGAACCGCCCGUUCCUCGAUUUGGUUUCUUCAUGAGGUCGGAGAUCGUCACGAAAUUUCCCGACCUCAAAGUCGAAAUGAGGUUGGAUGGUGACAAGUCUGCCGGCGAUCCACUCCUGCUUCGCCACGAGAUCAUCUCGAAAGAUGUCAUGCUCGGCUUUUUCAGCCAACGGCCCAUCACUCAGGGCGUGUCGAGCCUGACGUUUACGCUUCCCAGUCAUCAGCAAUACUUUUCCGUCGGCUAUGACUUUGACCAGACGCACCUCAAGCUCCAGUACAAACGCAUUUGCAGCAGCAAGGGUGUCGACACCUCGACCCCGACCCCGAUCAGCUCGCCUAUCUGGCAACGCGACCAGAAGGGGACUGACGACAGACCUGUCAUAUACAAAUGGGGGCAUACCCCCAAGACGGACGACAUCCGGCUGCUUCUUGUCGACAAGCUGGCUCUCGAUGUCCACGACACCUUGAUCAAGGAGUGGCCGAAGCAAGCUCACCCGGAGGAGUGGAAAGAAAAACACGCCACUGCGGCCAUGAUGGGAAUCCAGCUGAAUGCCCCUGCCCUCCAGCUGCAAGUUAAACUGCCCACGCUGGGCCAGUUGCCGGGGCCCUUUCCAGAUGCUUUUCCCAGUGGUCCCCUGCCUGUGUUGAGCCAGCCCACUAUGUUGGACGUCGCGAAGUACCCUGAAAAGAUCGCCACACAGAGUACAUCUUCUCUCGAGGACCGUACCAAACUGCCGGCAAUCCGUCAGGAUGAUGUCGUACCGCCUCACUACACGCGGGUCGUCGGUGCGUCGCUCCUGGAUGGGGAGACGCCUGUCUCUCGAACAGGAUCCGUAUCGAGCUUUGUGAGGAUCUCCCCAUCGCCUUGGGGACCUCUCCUCCACGUUACCGAGGGAGUUCCCGAAUUCAAAUACGCCGUGUGGCCGGCCAAAUCGCCUCAGGCGGGGAGCGUGCAGAUGCUGGAUACGCGGCAAGACCUGAUCUUCUCGGUGGUACGCGGGCAAGCGGACGACGCGGCCCAGUUCCGACUGCGGUCGCUCACGCUGUGGUUCUGGCACCACUCAUCGGACAAGGACGAGCACGGGCUUCUGGACGACGAGGCGGGCUACGAGGGCGUCUCAGCCACGAUGGUGUCUAACCUGCGCUUCAAUGUGCGUAUCGCCUACUCCCGCGACGACAACCGGCUGCUGCUUCGACUGCUGCCGCGCAGUCGCAACCGCUGGGUCCGGGUCGCCGACAUCCAGGAACUCAGCGUCCUGCUGUCCCGCGUCAAGGUCAAGAAGUAUGACAAACCCACCGACAUCACCGUCACCGCUGUGACGGAAUACGUGGACGCGCUGUCGCCGGACGUGCCCUUUAAGAUUAAAUUGGUUUGA